AUGGGUUCAAUUGGCGAUUCAAUGAGGAUGAUUUGCCCAGAUACGAGUCUACUUCCAGACUUCCACAAAGCUCAACCCCGCAGAAUCCAGCAAUUCUUUCAAAGCAAUUACUUUCGGGCCACGGGAUAUGAAAAUGGUAAGGAAGUCACACUACGUGCGACGAAGUGCUCUGGCUAUUCAUUAGCUCGUACCUUGCUCCAGGAUCAGAGCGCGGAGGGGUGGCAGAAGGUUCUUGACCUUGGACUCGAUAAGCUUGAGGCAGUCUUCCACGAGGUCCAAGGCUUCGCACAAGACAACAACAACGGUCGGGUAGCUGAUAUUUGCCUUUCAAGUGAAUUGGUAGCAUGGCGUGAUGAGCAACACAAAGCUGGGAGAAUAUUGCCGGCAAAGGGAUACGGGAUUACGCGAGUCUCCGACGCAAUCGUUGAGUUGCUCGGCGUGGGAGACUGGCCACCACCAUUGUUGACAAAUGCAGCGUUAUUCGGUAGUGGGUUUUUGAACUUUCUACUUGGCGCAUAUGAUUCGCAGGUCUUGUACUCAAAUUAUUGUUCCGAUAUGGGAUUCUUCUACGAGCAUGGAUACGACAAAGUCUUUCCGGACUACCAAGCAUUACUUGAGCAGGCAGGAGCAGACCCUCAUGCCCUUUCUACCGCUGGAGGUAGGGAGCGCCGAGCGGCAGCAGAAUUGGGGCUGCGAUACAUCCGGAGGAAAAUCGUACUAGAAGAGACACAUAUAGCACACCUCUCCAACAAAACAGCGGCACUGAACCGAGAAGAUGUUUUGGCAUUAAAUUUCUGCGAGUCUAGCUUGUGGGGCAUGGCUGCGGAAAUGAUGGCGCAUGGUUCUGACUGCGGUGGCAUUGUCAAUGAUUUUGCAUUUAGUUGUCCAGCAACUGAUGUCGUCGAUGUUGGCUCUGAUAUACCCAACUCCGAGCUCUUUAACAGCUUUCUCAAUACCGCUGAUAUUACAGGAACUGGAGUUGUCACAGAGGAAGCACUUAGGCGCAUUUACGACGCACAAGCACACUGUGGAGCCAGAAUUUUCACAGAACGUUGGUCCGAGCCAGGAGCGCGGAUGUGCUCAUUUCUAUAUGUUUGGCACAUUGUUAAUGACCGACACAACUUCCUUCGACGCGCUGUGCUGGGUUAUUGCAAAGUGCGAACUUUUCGACCAACCCAACAAAUUGCUGAUUUUGAAGAAGCUUUUGAUGAGGAUAUGCACACUACUGGGUUCAGUCAUCCUUUGAUUGGUUCCUGCAACGGCGAUGCGACCUGUGAUCAUGUUGAAAAUCAUUUUGCCCAAUCUCAUGGUGAUCCAUUAUUGAAGGAUCUCUGGUACUACAUGGCUGAUGGACCGCUGGAAUACGCUUCCAAAGGAAUAGUAGACCAGAUGAGAGAAGCAAACUUGAUUGAAGGACUGAGAAUAGCAGUGGCGAGAGCAUAUUCAUACGCCCUGAUUGACGAGCUGGCAUGGUUUGCUGCACAUGCAAGUCACCAUGCAUGGCAGGUCAAUUAUCUUUUUGAAGCUGCUAUGUUCGGUAGCAUCCUCGAUGAUGGAGGGCUAAAGGGCAAAUUAGACAGAGUUGAAUAG